UACUAAUAAUUGGUAGUUAAAUACGCUAUUUUUAAUGAGAUCCACUAUUGCGUUCAAAAAGUACGGACGCACCGAACAGGCCCUAAUUCUUUCAGAAACGACAUGGACUUGUCCAAAUGCCAUUUAGUUCAUCAAUUCAGCCCGUCAAUUUCAAGGUUGAAUAGAAAGUCUUGAAAUGUACUGGCAAGCCCCAAGCAUUCGGGUUUGCUGUUCAUGGAUGCAGCCAGAGUCGAUGAUUCCUCCUCGACACGGCCAGUCGAUGUCCAACUUGGUAUGACAGUUUCAAGUUCAGAUAUCUCAUAUCCAACAUGAUUGAAAUUUUGGUUCUAUGAUAGAAAGCGGGACUCUUCAAACCAAAAUCAUUGGGUACAAUGCGCUUAAGCCGUGACGUCAAAGAAGCAUGCGCCCUCCUCGAGCUUAAAUCACGUGGGAAUGUUCACUUUUGCGAAGAGUGGAUCCUGCCCCUCACAAACCCUCGGUGUCGAUUUCAGCAAUAGGGAAUAGAUGCAUAAAAGUAUUUUGAUAAAGGAGCCCAAUUCAGUGACACGCCCGUACUAGAGGAAAUAGCGUGAUGUCUUCAGUUGCUGUCGCCUCGACAUCAUCGAUAUCAUUAGUAGAGUCCAGCGCGGAAGACCACAAACUCAGCGACAUAAAUAGUCAUAAUUCGACAACCCACGGCCUUUGCUUCGUAUGCCGUCACUUAGAUUUUGAACAUGUCGGCUUCCACCGUUCGUCGGAGUAUUCAAGCAACACCUAUUCCUUUCGGAGGGAAUUCCCCGCAUUACUGAAUAGCUCCAGCAAAUGUGCUUUCUGCAAGAAGCUUGUCGACGUCAUCAAUGGGUGGAUUGCGCAGAAUAAAGGCGGCCAGGAACCCUCUUUUGAUGUUUCGAGGUGCCACAUAGAGGUGAGCCUCGAGACGGAUUGGCAUGAGGUGUUUCAGAGGAGGGAUGAAGACAUUUGUCCCGCAGCCGAUAUGAAGGCCUAUUCUGAUCGGAUUAGGGUUCACUGCUCUAUCCCAAGAUUCGGAAGUGGUAAUGAAAGUGGCCAGUCGCAAUUUCUAACGUUCUUUUUCCAAAGACACGAAGGACCACAUGCUCCUGAUCUUCCAGAUUUUCGAUUGAACAGUAUUAAUUACCCCACGGCUCCCGGUAGAAUCGCGCCUUAUAGUGGACGUAGAAGGCCUCUAGUGGCAGAUCUGGCACUCUUCAAACGUUGGAAACAGCUGUGUCAAGAGGUACAUGGGACAAAGUGCUCUCAAAUAUUCAAGGGAACUCAGAAAAUCAGGCCUCGAGUCAUCGAUGUCGAUCAGAGACGUUUGACUUUCGCCCAUGAGGAUGACCGAUGGGUGUGUUUGAGCUAUGUCUGGGGAAAAGCGCAGACUCUUCGUCUACUCAAAGACAAUCUCCAAACAUUCUCAACGCCAGGGUCCCUUGGACCGAACAUUCUUCCUAACAUAGCGGAAGAUGCCCUGCAAGUCACCAAGGGGCUUGGGGAACGGUACCUCUGGAUCGAUAGCCUAUGCAUAAUACAGGAUGAUGCACAGGAUAAGGCUAAGUUCAUCUCGAAAAUGGAUUCGAUUUACACCCUAGCGACGGCUGUCAUAAUCGCUUCCACGUGCACUGAUGCCAACUCACACCUUCCAGGAGUGAGACCCGGUUCUCGAAAUCUAGAACCAGAACCGUUCCAGAUUGGAAACGCUACCUUGAUAGGCUCCCUUGACCCUGUCCUCGGCGUAAAGGUCGAUCUUCGUACCGGACGUGCCCAGGGAUACCUUGGAGAAACUAUAUGGGACACACGGGCUUGGACUUUGCAAGAGAGGUUUCUCGCAGCUCGAUGCCUCGUCUUCACAGCAGAGCAAGUCUUCUGGGAAUGUGAAGAGGCAUUCUGGUGUGAAGAUAGCUUUCGCGAAAUUCCCAGCGUCUCACCAGAUCCGCACAGGACAAGCCUCUGCGGAGGUGAAUUGAACCUCUCGUGGAAUUCUGACGUCCCGACAUUUGACCAUUUCUAUCGGGUGCUUCUCGAGGAAUACUCGGGUCGCGCGCUGACAUUCGACCACGAUGGAUUAAACGCUUUUCAUGGCAUCAUACAGGCAUUCGAGAGGUCAAUGGAAGAGGCAUUCUUCUGGGGUAUGCCAAGCGCCUUUCUAGAAUCCGCCCUGGCCUGGGGUCAUAGGAGCCAUAAACUAAGACGGCGACAGGGGCUUCAGGCUUCAGGGAUCUCCACAGGAGACAAUAAUCAGUUUCCCAGCUGGUCGUGGGUCGGUUGGACAAGCGAUGGACAGACGAAACUCGCCAACCAGCCCCUGACCACAGAAAGCUUAGGUAUCAGGUUCUACCGCGUCGCUGAAAACGGGAAAUCAUUGGUGGAAUUGAAACAAGCUACCCAGUUCAAUGACACGGUUGAUUUGCUCAGCGACGGCUCCAAGAUCUCUGAUCGUACAUCCAGACCUUACAAAGUCUCGCUCGAUGACCUGUCAGCGGACACCUCCGCCAACCUACAAUCAGUUCUGUGUUUCUGGUCUGCAUCCGCACAUCUUGAAGUAACAAGCUGGUCUGCCAGUGGCGACUCUGCGUCUGAUAGCCAGGAAAUUGCCCUCUCCCAAGGACCCGACAGUACCACGCAUGUGUCCUGGGCCCACCUGGCAUCUUCAUUAAAGCAAGGUGACAAAGUUGAAGUCAUCGCUGUAGCCCAAAACAGAGGCAGCUGGGACUCCGGCCACAUUGCUAAUGGCGCUAUAGGAGUCAUGGUAAUUUCCUGGGAUGCCGGUGGUGCCACAGCGAUUCGUGAAGGGUUUGCCUGGAUGGCUAUUCGAGCAUGGACCGCGUUGAAAGAUCGUAAAUGGAAGCUAAUUAUCUUGCGGUAAUAAAUAUAAUAGUCAGGUUCGCACACCUGCUGCCACGCUAUUAUUUGAGGAUCGGUAAAAAUGGAGGGCCUUUGAUGCCCACCUGUCGUACUGGGCGCGGACUUAGAGUGUAAAGGCGAUCAAGCAAACAAUAAAAUUUUAAUUUCCUGCCCGAAUAGACCAUCUUUGAAUUUAUCUGCCCUUUUUCUCUCGUUAUCUUUCUUUUAAAGUGACGAUCGGAAUUCUCCUUAAUUGAGGUUGCCCGGCUGGAAAUGCGGAUGUCGUGGUUGUGUAGGAGGCUGUUAAAUCAUCUCCCUUUAAUCUAUAAAUGAUCAUGAGCAGUAAGCAACGAAGAGGUUACAAAGGUACGUAUUGUCUGGUAGAGAGCCAAAGGAAUUGUGACAGAGGUCACACACAACCUUGAACUUUGUUUGGCGAGAUCAAAGUCCGCUGGCGUUUGGCGCUAAAGGCGUCUAGUUCGUUACGCCAUUGGGCCGGAAAGAAUAAGCUCAUGCGCCAAGACAUGCUGGAAGGGACCCCUUGUAUACAACUAAUCAUUUUCAAUGAUAGCUACAACGAAGCAGAUGGCACUCAUAGUGAUAGAUAGAGGAAAUGCCGUUGGCACAAAGUAUGAGCUUGACCACAUAUAAAGAAAAAUAAGUUAAUGAUUGCAAAAAGAGUCACAUGCUUCUUUGGCUUCAUAAACAUAAUGC